AUGCUGAAGAUGAUACAGCCGGCACUGCCUGAUCUGGCGGCGAUACCACUCAAACGAACCAAAUCCUCGUCCUUCAACAAAGCAGACACAAAGUCACAGCCGAUGGUCACUCACAAGGACAAGACCGUUGUCGCAUCUCCUGACGGGUCUCCUGCAUAUCCCCAGAAGUCAAGCUCGAGCACUGCAAGCAGCUCAACGCCACGUCCAAGUCGCAGAUCGACGCGUCCAAAUCAUGGCACCAUUUCCCGUCUUCCAUCACCCGACGUUGAAAAGGCCAAUGGCUCAAGCCAUACUACAAACUCACCAGACAGUGCCUUCCACAAGAACAUGCAAUCUGCAGGCUUCACCAUUGUUCGGCGACGAUCCACCCAGUCAGCACCAGCACCCCAGCCCAAGCAAAACCUGCAGGAGAAGCGGGCGCAGGCACCAGACCAUACCACCGGCUCCGGCUCUAGGUACAACGUCCUUCUAAUUGAAGAACUAGGACUAGACGCGGAGGACGUGGUUUCCGAGGGGACAGGGUCUGACACUUCACCACUGCCUGUAAUAGAACCAAACAAUACGACCGCGACCACAACCAACAAGAAGAAGAACCGGAAGACAAAGAAGCCCAAGAAGCGUCGCGCCGACAUUAAGGCGCCUGAGGGUCUAUGCGUCGCGGUCGCGUCGGACCGUCAUGACAAAGCGUCUGGGCCUUCGACGGCGGUACCUCAUCAAGAACAGAAUGCAAUAGAGGAAGACGAGGGAGAAGAAAAGAAGGACGAGAGAGCAAAGGGCCUUAUCAACACCAUAACACGGCCAGAGUACCUGUUCCUGAUCCUCUGGGUUGUGCUUGCGGAGAUUGCCAGGAGGGUGUUCGACGUUCAAAUUGGACAAGGUUAA